GAAGAAAAUGUGAACUUUUUUCAUUGUCUACUGUCAUAAACUAUUGAUAAAAGAAUACCUUUUAGCAUUACCAUAUGAAAACAAACUGCAUUUUUUCUUACUUUGCACCAAAAUAGCCUAUGCUCUGUAUCUUCCUAAGCAUAAUAUCGACGUUCUUUUACCUUAGGAUGGCCAGAAGAUAUAAGGGACAUGCCGUGGGAAUCGACCUUGGUACGACUUACUCGUGUGUUGCUGUGUGGCAAGACCAGCAAAGCCGAGUGGAGAUCAUUCAUAAUGACCAGGGAAAUAGAACAACUCCUUCUUGUGUUGCUUUCACAGAUCAGCAGAGGUUGAUUGGUGAUGCUGCUAAGCACCAGGCUGCUUCUAACCCAACCAACACUGUCUUUGAUGCAAAGAGGUUGAUUGGUAGAAAAUAUAACGACCCCAUUAUUAAGGAUGACCUCUUGUUGUGGCCAUUUAAGGUCACAGAUGGUGUUAAUGACAAACCAAUGAUUGUUGUUACGUAUAAGGGUCAGGAAAAAAGUCUUUCUCCGGAAGAAAUCUCAGCUAUGGUUCUCACAAAGAUGCGUGAGAUUGCAGAGGCAUAUCUGGAGUCACAUGUAAAGAAUGCUGUGAUUACUGUGCCUGCUUAUUUCAAUGACUCUCAGCGCAAAGCUACCAAAGAUGCUGGUGCCAUUGCUGGCCUCAAUGUAUUGCGCAUAAUCAAUGAACCCACGGCUGCAGCUAUUGCAUAUGGCCUUGACAAAAGAGCUGAUUGUGAUGAAAAGAGAAACAUUUUCAUCUUUGAUCUUGGUGGUGGUACUUUCGAUGUGUCUCUUCUUACUAUUAAAGAUAAGGUGUUUGAAGUUAAGGCCACUGCUGGAAACACACACCUUGGUGGAGAAGACUUUGAUAACAGAAUGGUGAACUACUUUGUGAAGGAGUUCAAAAGAAAGAACAAAGUGGAUGUUAGUGGAAACCCAAGAGCAUUAAGAAGAUUGAGAAGUACAUGUGAGAGGGCAAAAAGGGUACUGUCAUUCGCAGUUGAUACCAUUGUUGAAGUAGAUGCUUUAUCCCAAGGCAUUGACUUGUGCUCUUCAAUUACUCGAGCUAGAUUUGAGGAACUAAACAUGGACCUCUUUAAAGAGUGUAUGGAAGCAGUUGAUAGGUGUCUUACAGAUGCUAAGAUAGACAAGAAUUCUAUACAUGAUGUUGUCCUCGUUGGGGGAUCUUCUAGGAUUCCCAAAGUGCAGGAGUUAUUGCAGAAGUUUUUCAACAGGAAAGAUCUCUACAAUAGCAUUAGUCCUGAUGAGGCUGUAGCUUAUGGUGCAGCAGUUCAGGCUGCACUAUUGAGUGAAGGCAUGAAGAAUGUUCCAGAUAUGGUGCUACGUGAUGUUACACCAUUGUCACUUGGUGUAGCUCUACAAGGAGAUAUCAUGAGUGUAGUGAUUCCUAGGAAUUCUACUAUUCCUAUAAAGAAGACAAAAGAAUAUGUCACAAUCCAUGAUAACCAAUACUCUGUACUUGAAGAAGUCUAUGAGGGUGAGAGAAUGAAAGCCAGUGAUAACAACUUGCUGGGCCAGUUCACACUUUCUGGUAUUCCUCCUGCUCCUCGAGGCCAUCCUAUUAUGGUAAGCUUUGAUAUAGAUUUUAAUGGUAUCCUCUGUGUAUCUGCUAAGGAAAAUACCACUGGCAAUAAGAACCAAAUUACCAUAACCGAUGACAAAGGAAGAAUGUCAAGUGUAGAAAUUGCAAGACUGGUUAGGGAAGCUGAGAAAUACAAGGCUGAAGAUAUGAAGUUUCUUGAAAAGGCUAAAGCUAUAAAUGCUUUGGAUGAUUAUGUUUACAAAAUGGAGAAAGCUUUAAAGGAUAAGGGCAUUAGUAAUAAGCUUUCCCAAUAUGACAAGAACAAUAUUAGUAAUGCAAUCACAAAGGCUAGAACAUUUCUUGAUGGUGACCAAAAGCAGGAGGAAAUAAAUGUGAUCAAGGUUAUGCUAAAUGAGGUCAAACGCAUCUUUGAUCCCAUUAUGAUCAAGAUUGGCUAGUUGUUUUCAGAAUCUUUUGUUUUUUUUUUUUAAUGGUUAUGCUUCUGUUUUGUGUUGCCUCCUUGAUA